GCUUUUGGGCCAUUUCUCUCUGCGACGCCGUCUGCCUCGUUUGUCGUCUUGGAAGCGUGUGUGUUCCGCGUACCGCGUCUCGCGUUUGGUUUCUCGACUCGUGUGUCUCGUGCGCCCCAAAAAACAAGCCAUUAAUUUUUUGGUGGCAAAAGCGCGGCUGCGACGGGCGGCAGCAUAGGCUAGCAACAGUCACAAAUAAUCGACAAAACGUGAAAACCGCAUAAUUAAUUGCCAAAACAACACCAAAAAGAAAUAAAUAACUAAAUAAAUACCGAAGUGAACGUGAUACGUCCUCCAGCCCACACCUAACAGAUAAAUAUAUUUAUUGUCCAAGGAACAGUCCACAAUGCGUCGCAAUAUCAAAUUGAUUGUCUUCGUCAGCAUCAUUUGGAUGUUUGUGAUGGUCUACUACUUCCAGUCCAGCACAGAGAAGGUGGAAAAUCGUGCACUGCGGCUACGUGAGGUGGCAACGGCCAUGCAGCAGCAGCAGUACCAGGAUGACUCCUCAUCGGUGGCAGCUGCGGCGGCAGCUGGCGGAGCAUCCACGGUCCGGCUGUGGGCACCAGCAGGCGGCGGGGUCGGACUGGGUGGCAGUGGGGCCGAUGAUCCCGGCGGCAAUGUCAUUCUAAUCGGUUCGGUUAAGGACUUUGAGCGCAAUGCGGUUCAUGGCCUUAAACUGAAUGGAAUUGUGGCGCUCGAAGAGACGUCGCAGUCACACAGCGGCGGACGCUUGCCCAUGGCGCCCAGUGGUCGUGGCAGUGGCACCACCGAGGUGGAAUAUUUCGAUGAAGCGGGCUACAUCAAGGCGGGUGCCCUGCGCAAUGGCGAAGAUCCCUACAUAAGGAAUCGCUUCAAUCAGGAGGCCAGCGAUGCACUGCCCAGUAAUCGUGAGAUACCCGACACGAGGAAUCCCAUGUGUCGCACCAAGAAAUAUCGCGAGGAUCUGCCCGAGACGAGUGUCAUUAUAACCUUCCACAAUGAGGCGCGCUCCACGCUGCUGCGGACCAUUGUCAGUGUGCUGAAUCGCAGUCCCGAGCAUCUCAUAAGAGAGAUAAUACUCGUGGAUGACUUUAGUAAUCAUCCUGAAGAUGGCCUGGAGCUGGCCAAAAUCGACAAGGUACGCAUCAUACGCAAUGAUCAGCGUGAAGGACUGGUCAGAUCGAGGGUCAAAGGUGCCGAUGCUGCUGUGAGCAGCGUUCUCACCUUCCUGGACAGCCACGUGGAGUGCAAUGAGAAGUGGCUCGAGCCGCUGCUGGAGCGGGUGCGCGAGGAUCCCUCACGUGUGGUGUGUCCCGUCAUCGAUGUCAUUAGCAUGGAUAACUUUCAGUAUAUUGGUGCAUCGGCCGAUUUGCGUGGCGGUUUCGAUUGGAAUUUGAUCUUCAAGUGGGAAUAUCUCAGUCCAGCGGAGCGUUCGGUGCGUCACAAUGAUCCCACGACGGCCAUACGCACUCCGAUGAUUGCCGGCGGUUUGUUUGUCAUCGACAAGGCGUACUUCAACAAGUUGGGGAAAUAUGACAUGAAAAUGGAUGUGUGGGGUGGUGAGAAUUUGGAAAUCUCUUUCCGUGUCUGGCAGUGUGGCGGCAGUUUGGAAAUUAUUCCAUGCAGUCGCGUGGGUCACGUCUUCCGUAAACGGCAUCCGUACACCUUUCCGGGUGGCAGUGGCAAUGUGUUUGCCCGGAAUACGCGACGUGCCGCGGAGGUUUGGAUGGAUGACUACAAGCAGCAUUACUACAAUGCUGUGCCUCUGGCCAAAAACAUUCCAUUCGGCAACAUUGACGACCGUCUGGCAUUGAAGGAGAAAUUGCAUUGUAAGCCAUUCAAAUGGUAUCUGGAGAAUGUGUAUCCCGACCUGCAGGCACCCGACCCACAGGAGGUUGGCCAAUUCCGACAGGAUAGCACCGAAUGCUUGGAUACAAUGGGCCAUUUAAUCGAUGGCACUGUGGGCCUCUUCCCCUGCCACAACACCGGCGGCAAUCAGGAAUGGGCAUACUCGAAGCGCGGCGAAAUCAAGCAUGAUGAUCUCUGCCUGACACUCGUGCAGUUUGCACGCGGCUCCCAGGUGGUGCUGAAGGCGUGCGAUGAGUCGGAGAAUCAGCGCUGGAUCAUGCGGGAGGGCGGCCUGGUGCGACAUCACAAGAUCAAUGUGUGCCUGGACUCGCGCGAUCAGACGGCCCAGGGGGUGAGUGCGCAGCACUGCAAUUCGGCGCUCGCCACGCAGCGCUGGUCGUUUGCAAACACGCGGGACAGAGACAGCUUGCUGACGCGGCUGCAGAAGGAGGCGGAGAGAGAGAUGGGAAGUUAGAGAGGGAGCGAGCGACAGAGAGAGAUUGCGAGAGAGAGAGUGGGAGCAGGCAGAACACAGUGAUAGAGGAAGCGCCUAACUAACUCGAUGUGUGGAUUGCAUGUGGAUUGUAUGUGUACUGUAUGUAUUCGUCGAAUGUUUUUAUUUACCAAUGUUGAUUUGUUGCUGAACAUAAAACACACUCAAACACACACACACAUGCCCGAUUGCAUUAUCAUAAUUAUCAUUAAUAAUACUAUUAUUAUACAUGUAAACAAUAAGUUCAACUUUAGUUAGAGAGUGGGUUCCACACACAAAUCGUUCAACAACCAUUUCCUCUGGGGGGUUAAA